GUAAAGGUUGCUGUCAGACGUGUGCCCGCCCCGAGCCGGUGGAGGGUGGCAGAUUGGGGAUCUGAGUAAAUACCUCCUCCUGGUUGCUUCUUGCCUUUUAAGGUGGUCUUUCCCCAGCAGGGCAGAAUGUGUGAGGACGCUGGAGGUCAGGAACGCAGCUCGGGACGAGGCAGUGCUCGAGCAAGUUGGGAUUCGAGUGAGUGAUAGCUGCAGAAACAGGAAGAGAAAACAUUUCACAAUAACAAACACACACACAAACACCCACACACACGCACACACACACACUCCUCCCCCUCAGAGGGAAGUCCUCUCCCUCCAGAGACACACACACACACACACACACACACACAGCUCUCUGAUAUGCAGGGGUCCUCUGGAGCUGCUGUGACAUGCACUUUGACCCCAGGCGGUGAGGAAGAGGAGGCAUGAGGAAGAACCACAGCGCUGUUCCACUCAUCUACGUGACGGAGGCGGAGCGCGGCAGCUGCGAUGUCAACAUCCUCAGCAUCCCGGUGCCGAUGCGCCGCGGCGGCUCCGAGUCCAACCUGGUGGACAGCGUCGGCGAUGACGGAGUGGGACUGGAUUUCACCAAGGGAGCACUGGGAAUCGACAGCCUGCAGCAGAAGACCCUCAAGGUGACGGAGCAGAUUAAGGUGGAGCAGGCGGCCCGGGACCAGAACGUGGCCGAGUACCUGAAGCUGGUGAACAACGCCGACAAGCAGCAGGUGUCUCGGAUCCGCCAGGUCUUUGAGAAGAAGAACCAGAAGUCGGCGCAAAACGUGGCCCGGCUGCAGAGGAAGCUGGAGCAGUACCACCGCCGCAUGAAGGACAGCGAGACCAACGGCAAGCAAAGCCACAAGGACGGCAAGGAGUCGGGGACGCUCAGCAAGGAGGGCAGCCUGCGGGACGUCAGCGCCACCGGGAGACACCCGGCGCUGGACAAGGUGAAGACCAUCGGGCCCGGCGUGUCGCUGUCGCCGCCGUUCUUCUUCAACAAGUCCCGGGAGAUCGCCAACCUCAUCAGGAACAAGUUUGGCAGCGCCGACAACAUCGCCCACCUCAAGAGCUCCAUGGAGGCGGGGUCAGGGCUGCAGGUGGACAUCUCGGCGAGGGGGUUGAGCGGCAGCGCCAACACCGUGGCCAAGGCGGGCAAGUACCAGAGCGACGACGAGUGCUCCACCGGGACAUCGGCGUCCGCUGACUCCAACGGGAACCCAGGAGGGGGCUCCAUGGCCGGGUCGGGGGGUCCUGGCAGGUCGGACUCUAACGCCCGUCUGGGGGAGGUGCUGGACAUGGUGCGUGAGAUCAGGGACGCUCAGGGACAGCUGGCCGAGGAGAUGGAGACGAUGAACACACAGUUCAAACGAGACUAUGGCUACUUCACACAGGUGCUGCAGGAGGAGCGAUACAGGUAUGAGCGGCUGGAGGACCAGUUAAAUGACCUGACGGAGCUGCACCAGAAUGAAACCAGUAACCUGAAGCAGGAGCUGGCGAGCAUCGAGGAGAAGGUGGCGUACCAGGCCUACGAGAGGGCCCGGGACAUACAGGAGGUCCUGGAGUCGUGUCAGACCCGCGUGUCGAAGCUGGAGCUGCAGCAGCAGCAGCAGCAGCAGACGGUGCAGCUGGAACACACCGAUGCCAAAGUGCUGCUGGGCAAGUGCAUCAACAUCAUGCUGGCCAUCGUCACCGUCAUCCUGGUGUGCGUCUCCACCGCGGCCAAGUUCACCGCCCCGCUGCUGCGGAGCCGCCUCCACCUGGCGCUCACCUGCGUGGGCGUCUCCGUGCUGGCGCUGCUGUGGAAGAACUGGGAACACCUGCAGGGCGCGAUGGAGCGAGUGCUGCUGCCGCACUGA